AACGGAACAUUUCAAAAUCAAGGUAUGCUUAAAUAUCAUGGAAAGAUAUACUUUAUCGCUUUGGCUUAUGGGGGUUCAAAACAAUCCAAUGUUAAACGCAUUUUUUGUUAAUGAAAAUUAUAGUUGUUUAAUGCAAAAACAACACAAAGCGUUGGUUGCUGUCAAAAAUCCCGCUAUUUCGUGACCAGCUGUCCUUAUAAACCCAUAGGUGUGUUUUCUUCUUUGCGCGCCUUAUAGUUGACGUACACGUUUAUGAAUUUAUCGAAUUGAUAAAAGUAAUUUAAUAUUUUUAACAGUUUUGGCGUAGACAAUAAUAAUGUGUACAAUAUUUAAGUAACUUAAAAUGAACGUAAGUAUAAAUAAAUUUUAUUAGCAAUCUGUACAUCGUGUAAAAUCACAUGUUAGUUGACGUUUCUAUCCUGAACAAUAACAAAUAUUAAAGUUCAAUAUCUAUAAUUUUUUUUAUUUAAGUUAAAAAACUUUAAUAAUAUAGACACAUUUUGGGAAAUAACUAAAUCUAACUCCUUUUAUUGAAAUUAGGUCAUUAAAACUUAAACUUUGUAAACAAAUUAACAAAAUGUUACAAAAAAUACUAAUACAUAGUCGUAUAAUUUGAGUAAGUAUUAAUAUAAAUUGUUUAACUGCAUCUUCUAUAUUUUAAGUUUGUCUCUCCCUUUUCUUCUCUAUUUAUCAUGCUUUGUUGUGUUGAUAUUUCAUCGUCGAAUACAAUCGUUGGGUGUGUUCAGACCGUUCCAAACGAGAUUUUGUUUUCUAAAAUAGUGGGAAAUUAAUUCACACCAAACUGAAGUCGGUGCUGUCGCCGCCAUAUUCUUUGCGGACAACUUAAUUUUUGUGUGUUGAAUGAAACGAAAUCUUAGCAGUUUCUCGGUAAAUGUAUAUAUUACGCUGAAAAUAGAACAAAUUAAUUUUAUUUUACAAGAAAAAGUAAAUUUCGGAAGGUGUUGGUGACUUUUAAAACAAUGCUUAUUAUAAAUAAUAGGCAGAAUAAUAUGUGUUGAUUAAAGCUGAAAAUUUUUUCCAUCCCUCUUUUUGUUGAGAAAGUGUGCAAUGCAAAGUAUAAUUUACUGUAAAUACUUGAAAGAAUGAAUAGUACAAAUACGGGCAGCAUAAUACCACUUUGAAUCAGGAAUGUGAGGAAAUGAUAAAUUUGCUUCGUGUAGUAGAGCUGCAACAGAUACUAUCAUUUUUGAACAUUUCGUUUGCUGGGCGUAAAAUCGACUUACAACGGCGCAUCAUUAAUCUAUUACAUACAAACUACGACUUAUUGUCACAUAAAAUACGUGAAGUUUACACACAAUCAAUUGCGGAGCAGCAGGCUCAACAGUACGGGCCAACAGAUCCAAAAAGAAUGUAUUCACAUAUGCAAAUGCCACAAGUGCAGCCCAAUCCAGCAGCUGGUCUGCCUAAUGCCGGUCAACCAACAGCUGUUGGUGCCCAACCAAUCGCCGGUGUGCCGCCAACUGGGCCCGGUGUUGCCAACAACAUGGUACCAUUUAUGAAUCCCAUACCCACACAUAUACCGAUACAUCCAGACGUACGUCUUAAGAAACUAGCUUUUUAUGAUGUACUGGGGGUGCUGAUUAAGCCUUCAUCACUUGUGCCGCGCAAUACACAGCGUAUACAAGAGGUACCCUUUUACUUUACAUUGACACCACAACAGGCCACAGAGAUUGCAUCAAAUCGUGACAUACGAAACAGUAACAAAAUUGAGCAUGCUAUACAAGUGCAGCUACGUUUCUGUUUAUUAGAAACAUCAUGCGAACAAGAGGACUGCUUUCCGCCCAGUGUCAGCGUAAAGGUCAACAAUAAGUUGUGCCAACUGCCGAAUGUCAUUCCAACAAAUAGACCGAAUGUGGAACCAAAACGACCACCACGCCCCGUCAAUGUUACAGCAAAUGUAAAGCUUUCGCCUACUGUUACCAACACAAUCACAGUACAAUGGUGCCCGGAUUAUACGCGUGGCUAUUGCAUUGCUGUAUAUUUGGUGAAGAAGCUGACUUCAGCGCAAUUAUUACAUCGUAUGAAGACCAAGGGCGUCAAACCAGCCGAUUACACGCGCGGUUUAAUUAAAGAGAAACUCACUGAGGAUGCAGAUUGCGAAAUCGCUACGACAAUGCUUAAAGUUUCGCUUAAUUGUCCGUUGGGCAAGAUGAAAAUGUCCAUACCAUGCCGUGCAUCGACUUGCUCGCAUUUACAAUGUUUUGAUGCUAGUCUUUACCUGCAGAUGAACGAGCGUAAGCCUACAUGGAAUUGUCCAGUGUGCGAUAAGCCAGCCAUUUACGAUAAUCUGGUCAUUGAUGGCUACUUUCAAGAGGUACUCGCCUCAUCGCUACUUAAACCCGACGAUACGGAGAUACAAUUACAUAAAGACGGCUCAUGGAGCACACAUAGUUUACGUAAUGAGGCACAAAUAAUCGAUACGCCGACAAAACCUAUUGAAAAAGUCGAAGUUAUUUCGGAUGAUAUCGAAGUCAUCACCACAGAGGAUGUGAAAAUGGUUAAAGCUGGUGCACCGCCUGCCAUUGCUAAUGAUCAGCCCACAUCAACGACAAAUAGUGAAACGGUGGAUUUAACGCUCAGCGAUUCCGAUGACGAUAUGCCGUUAGCCAAGCGGCGCCCCACCAUUAAGCAAACUUCUGCCGCUAGCGCUACAAAUUCGGCGGUAUCCACAUCUAACAUUAACGGCAGCGGCAAUGGCAAUGCUGCAGGUAAUGGCGGCACCAAUGCAAGUCAGCGUAAUGCUUUUCAACCACCACGAACUGGCGUAGCCGUUUUGGCAAUUUUAAGUGCUUUGACUCGACCAACAGAAAGUACAUUACCGCCACCAUUUGUGCAGGGAAAUUCAACCGUUGAUGCCAUUUGUAAUAGCAUUGCUGCCGACAUACGGCCAGUGUGGAAGAGGAAAACAUUGGCGGAUUGUACGAAAGAGAGUCGUGUACAAAAGAGAGUUCGAAAAGACAAAUCUGUAUCCAUUGAGACAACCAUUGUGGCGCCGGUCACAGCUACGGGGGAGUCGUCUGCUAAUGCCAUCUUGCCCAAGGCUAUUAAUUCACUCAAUGCACCAAUUAAAACUGCGUCUGCUAAAACAAAUUCAAAAAAACUAAAAGAAGCUGAAGAUUGUGAAAAAGCCAUUAGAGAGCGCAGAAAAAUUCUGCGGGAAAAGACGUUGGCAAUUAUGCAGAAAUAUAACGAGAAGAAGCGUGAUAGUAGUACUAAUGCUGCAAAGCCAACAAAUAAGAGCAAAUUGGAUGCAACAACGGCUCACGCGGGAAACAAAUGAAAUUGCAUAAGAAAAGUUACACCAAAAACCGCAUUAUUUUAAUUUUGAAGCGCGAAUUGUCUAACGUACACGUCUUUGUAAUUGGCUUAGAAUUUCCACUUUGAUUUAAUGAAGUUUAUACUUUUAAAUAUUCACUAUAGACGAAUGUUAAUUACAAAACUACUUUUUUCGAAUUUUUCUUAAGAGCUUUCACUUCUUUCGCGCUCGUGUGGCGCCACGCAUGCAGUCGAUUUGAUUUUUUUUUUUCGAAAUUUUAGUUUUGUUUCUGAAGUGCUAAUACCUUAGUUAUAAGGAAGAAGAAGAGUACUAAAAAGCUGAAACAAACCUAUUGUAUGCCACACAAAAUGUUAACCUUUCAGUAAAGUGUGAAACCGUAAAUUAAAUUAAAUAUCACAGUGCGUUUGUAAUGUAUUGACCAUUUAGAAACCAAUUUUCAAAUUCAAAAACUUAAAAAUUUGCUACGAACUUCCGUCCAGUCUUAACACUUACAUGCCAAGCUACUUUGCGUUGAUCGUAACACUUUUGUGUUUGCUUUGACAUAAUUUUGAAUUUUUUUUUUACAAAUAAUUUUUGUGUGAUUUUCCGCUCAAAAAUUAUUUCAAAAAUAGCAAAUACAUAGUUCAUCAAAAUUGAAUUGUUACAAAAAAUUUUUCCAUUGCAUUUGCAAAUUUCGGUACUCACGUAAAAUUCCAAACCAAAAACCAAUUCCAAAACACGACGUCGCCGCCGCAUCAACAUCAUCAUCAUUAUCAUCCAACAAUAACAACAAGCUCAGCAAACGUUUCCAAACAGCAAACAACUCCUUGUCUACACUCUCACGCCCUUCAAGUUAGCCGCGCGAUUGCGUCGUGUAAAGGCAGUGCAGAGCAAAAAUUCGUCAUAGUGACGCGCACUACUAACGCACACUCAAACACUCGCCGAAAAUUGCGACGCCAUGCUUUUUGAGUUCGAAAAGGUGCAGCGUUAUCAGAAGUUGAUCGAGUCGAGCGUCAUAGUGCUGAUCGGUUUGUUUAUGCACUUGAAUCGCAUUAGCAUAAUCGAGUUAAAGUAUUCACGUUUGCCACUGCUGACGCCCAAUGUUGCCUCCAGUCUAUUUGUAUUCUCUGUGCUAUGUAUACUCACGAAAUUGCGUCCACUAUGGCCGAGUGCAUUGCGUAAGCCGCAGCGUGCAUUAAUCUUCUUCAUUGAAUUGUCACUCAUUUUGUACGCCAAUGAUUUUUUAUUGCGUCAAGUGUGGUUGCCCAGCUUGAAGUUGUUAAAUUUCAUUUGUCGCUUUCUCGGCCAGUAUGUGAUUGUGGCCAAUGAGUCAUUUCUGGCCAAUAAUGCGCCCACAUUGUCGUCAUGGAUACGUAAUGACGCCUUCUACAUGGCACGUUUCCUACUCGCCGUCAUUGCUUUCGUCUUCAUGAUCGAUAUAACGGGUAUAUUGGAGUUCACAUUGAAUGCCGUACGCCCGAGUGAUAGUACAAGUAAUAAGUUGCGUUACUUUCGUGGCAACAUCGAUGAUGACACCCCCGAUCCGUUGGCGGCAUAUGCUUACGAUGAGCCCUUGAUGGAACUUAAUUCGCCCUCAAUACCCUCAAGCGAUACGCAUAGCCUGAAUAAUAGUCUUGCCGAGUUGGAUUCAUCUAAUUUUGAUGUUAACGAUUUACCAUAUGUACCGCAGGAGGAUCUACUCAAUUUGGGACAUCGUGUUGGCGCGCGUAGGCGUCGUCAGCCGAUGCGUAAGGCGAAGCGUGGCAAAGUUCUAUUGAACGAGGCGGAAAACGAAUGCACAUGUUGAUGUUAAGCGAUAGAUUGUCCGAAUUCUUGUACAAUUUUGUGGAUUAUGAACUAAUGUCUUCUUUUUGUGUAACUGUUUAGUUGUGUGUAUAUUUUUUACAAUGUAUGUGCAAUAGGCGAGUGUACCAUCUGUAUGUUGAUGUAUGUAUGUAUGUUUUUUUCUUUUUAUAAACAAACAAAGCGGAACAUUUUGUAUAAAACUUAAUAUGAAAAGAAUAAAUUUUAAUAAACCUUUAUUGUAUAUUUUGUUGCUAACUAGAGAAAAAAUAUAAAAUUUUAUUAGCAAAAUUGUUGGCAGAAAACUAUUUGCUGUUACCGUUACUUUUGUUCGUACGUAUCCGAAAGCUUUUGUGGUCGACAGGUUUCUUAGAUUACCGUACAAAUUCUGUUUUGAGGAAAUUCGAGAAAUCAAGAGUAUUUUUGUAGACAAUUCUGUUAAAAGCAUGACGUAAUAGUAUUUUUCCUUUUUUUCUGGUCAACAUAUUGGUUUCUACAAUACAUUUAAGGAGUUUAAACAGCUCAGUUGACAUAACCUCAUUUUUUAUUGUUAGCGCUUAUUUUCUAGUAUUUACCUAAAAGUUAUAACAUAUCAAACGGCCUGUUUCUUCACUAACAUUAUUAGCGGAAAGUCAAUGUACACAGCAAGUCAUGACUGCCGAAACUACAAUAUAUUGAAAGAAUUAUCAUAGAAAUGCUUAUGCUUAAGAAAGGGAUGAACAAUCACAGUUUCGGUUAGUUGCAUCAAUUCAGCCUUAAUGAACUAACAGAAAUUUUAACAGACAUCUCUGGUAGCAUUCUCUGGUAAAUAAUGAUAGCAUGAUGUUGCAGGGUAAUGUUCUAAAGGUCUAUACUUCGUCCUUCUGUCUGAUACGUGCCAAAUGUAGGCAACGUUUGUUAUAUUAUUAGUAAUUAAAUUUACAUAUGUGGAUUAACAUUAGGAAAAAAGCGCAAUUGUGCAACCCCGUACAGUUAGGAUCGACUUUUUAUACUUAGUAAAUGAAUUCAUAAGUCAUGAAUAAAAAGUUAUCGGGAUUUUCGGGUUUUGGAGCCAAAAACCAAAUGAUGAUUUAAAUAUAAAAUGUGCUAAAUUUUACAUCAACUACCACACACAUUUUUACGGUUUUGUUUUGUUCACACUUGCUUCCAUUCACCUACAUUGCAUUUGCUAAACAUGUCGAACGCAUUGAAAAAUCAGAAACAUUAGAACAUCAUCGCCUUUAAGUCCAAUUGUUGUAAGAAUGGGAAGCUUUUUGUAAAUUUAAUGUUUGCAAUUUUUUCUCUUUUCUCUCGUUUUCUCUAUUUUUUUUCACAAAUAACGGUUUUUGUUUGCUUACCAUUUCCGCCCGCCAACUUGUAAUGCACUGGCGCUGGUGCAUGCGACCGUGGAAAACUCAUGCAAAAAAAAAAAUGCAAUAAAAAUUGAAAACAAAAAUACACAACAAAAAGCACAACAAAAGGAAAUGGUCGAGGAGAAUGAACAAAAUUUUCAAUGUUUGGAACUUACCGAUUCAUCGCCCAGUAUUCAUAGCGUCGAUGUCAGCACCGAGCUGUAUGGCGACGCACUAACUCAACAACAAUACUACGCACAUGAACACCGCCAACAACAACAACAACAACAAAUGCAAAGCAAUCGUCGUGGCAGCAGUGUAAGUAGCGGCACAAGUGUGUCCUCCAAUUCGGCUGCCACAUCGUCGCUAGCCACGAACGCUAUGGAGUCCACAUCGGCUGCACCCAACGAGUCAGAACCGUAAAUUCCGUACGGGUGUUGUGCUGAAUUGUUGGUAUUCUCUAUAAAUAUUUUGUAUAUUUUUGCAUGAGCUGGGAUGUUGCACUUACUUAAGCUUAUGUAUAUUGUAUUUAAAUGUAGAAAGUUGUAGCAGUUGUUGUGGGUGUACUUGCACGAAAGCUUUCUUUUGUAUAUUGUAAAAAAACUACCAGAUAAUAUUGAUGUUAGACUAUAUGCUUUCUGAGUCGAGUAACCAAUUUGAAAUUAGUAACUGACUUGGAGAAACUAUUUCAUUAAAAUUUGUUUGAAUUAAUUUUUCGAAAAAAGUCCUUAUCGGCGUUAAAACUGAUGUAACCUUUAGAACGAAGUAUCUUUUGUGGACCUAUGUUUUCGCUUGGACAUGAUAUACGUCGAUUGAUGGGCAAAAUCUUCGAUUUUGUGAAAGAUUGCUCGGCAAAAAUAUGUGAUUUUCCAUUUCUAUAAAAGUUUUACUGGUGACUUUCGAAGCUCACAAUGUUGGUCCCGAAACAAGUGUGUUUCGCCGAAAAUAACUCAAAAGUUAUGAAAAACUGUUUUUUUUCUAACAGUUAGUACCGUCGAUAUGACCUGUUGAAAGAUUCGGCUGGGUUCCCUAUAAAAUAAAGAAAUCUCUCUAAAAUAAACCGUUUCUUUUUAUGCUUGUAAAAUACUGCAAUUGUGGGUAAAAUUUAAAAAAAAAUUCAACUUACAAAGAAUCUAGCUUUUUUUUAAUUGGUAUAAACUCUUAUCUCAUAUAAACUAUCUUCUAUGAGAUUUAAAAAUUUGAACUUAAGUAAAUAGUUGCGUGUUAUUCACAGAAAACAUUAUAGAUAAUUUAAUUGUAAAAUAAUGCGGUAAGACUAAGACACAAAAUAGUAAACUUUUAACUCAAACUGAAAAAAAUACAAAUCUAUAAGUGAGGAUGUUAUGUAGCUUUUAUGUAAGUAAUGCAGAAAUUAAUUUAAGAAAUGAAUUUUUAACAUGUUAGACCUAAAACAUAGUGGAUCAUAGAGCAGCAUAAUAGGAAAAAGUAUACAAAGAAAGUAAGCACGCUUUUAGGCGCCUUGCUCUAAUCACUUUUGAUCUUUCGCUCCGCUAUGUUUGAGGUCUUCUGGAGGAUUGAGAGAGACCCUUUGUGCUUUCGAAUUUUAGUUAUGUUAUGUCAGAAAUAGUUGCGGUGGUAAUUGUUACAAAUGAACUUUUGCUAAUACGUCUAAAAGUAAGCAGCCGAAAGUGGCGUAAACUCCUAAAUGUAUGCAAUAAAAUUAUAUAUUAUUUUCACUCACUGA